CGCUGACUCCCACGCCGCUUCCUUCAAGAAAUUUACUCAUUUUCAGCGGCUCUAAAUCCCGUCUUUCUUUCGUUUGUGUGAAAAAAAACGUUCUACAUUGCGUUUACUGACCGCCUUCUGGAACCUUCUAAAAUUCCUCCAAAAGACUAUUAAAGGAUUUUGUUUAUUUGUGUCCGGUCGGAGUCCUGCGCUGUCGCCUGGCCUGCUCGCAUCAACCAAGGAAUCCUAAAUGAAUGCUACCUUGGCUACAGUUCCAAUGAUGUUGGUGGUCGCGCUUCUCCUCCUGACGACCUUCGCUGGGGGGUCCUCGCAACGGCUGCCGGAGCGCCUGAGAUCCGCGCCUGGGGCUGUGAUUGAGGACCUCGGACUCGUGUAUCCGGUAACGAGCCACGUCGAGGCCCGUUUCUCCCUCUCGCCCCUCCGCAAGGCCUUGGAACUCCUGGCGCACCAUAGGGACCGGUUCACCUCGCUGCAAGGGAACCUCACGCUCGAUCCUUCUCGUGACUCGGAAAGCGUUCGUCUCUUCAACCAAACGCUUUCCUUGACCAUAUCGAGUUUGGGUUCCUUCGCGGCGCCCGACGGAGCUCUAGGUGGCUCGGCCCAAGGGCUCUUGGGAUUCUUAGGCGGCGUGGGGUUAUCCGAGCUCCAGGAAUACAGGGAGAGCAUAUCUGUCGUCAAAAUUUUCGAUGCGUCCGUGGAAGGAGACGACGGCGGCGCCCUCUCGCAAGAAGUUGAAGAGUUAACUUCACUUUUUAAAGUUAUCAAAGAUGAGAUCGUUCAUCUCUCCGGGACUGCAAAUGAGACACAUGACAUCACUCUCUUCACUUUUCAGCUUUUUUCUUACCAAAUCGCUCUCAACCGGAUUACAGGAAUCGUAGAUGACUUGACACAUGCUCUUAGUAGGGCAAUUUAUGGAAAGGUGAUGCCAAAUCUCAUUUCUCAUGACGACUUGAACCCGGUUCUUGGGAAAAUGUCAUAUUACUCUCUCAUUCCUCUUUUCCCUUUAAAGCAAUACACUCCCUUUUACGCAAGCCUGAAAUGCUUCGUCACUGCUUCCGAAUUGUCGAUAAUGAUUCCAUUGCAUCCUUCAGUUGUUUUUAAAGCUUUCCGGAUACAUCCUUUCCCCCACAAGACAAAUAACUCCCAUUUCGUGGUUCAAACAGAUCACACGCUCAUCUUCAAGCUGCAGCAUAGACGAUCUAUAUCCUACCCUCCUGCGGAUUUCCUAAACAGCUGCUCAAAACCUGCUCAGAACAUCCACGUAUGCUACUCACGGCCUCUGGCAAUACUGCACAGAGAAGACUGUUCUCUGGCCCUUGCUACGGGUGGGCUCAUCCCUGUCUCGUGUUACUUCGACGUCAUCGACCCUGAAGUGACGCCCUUUGUCCUAAGUCUCCCGGAGGUGACGUUGCUCUAUUUCUAUCGCCCGACGUUCGCCAUCGUCGCCUGCGAGGACCGUCGGCCGCAUAUGGUCCUAGAAGGGACUUUCCUCUUGCCCCAUCGCUGCGAGCUUGAUUUCCUCUCCUUGCACAUUCCUGCCGCCAUGACCUUCGCCGCGGAUGUCCACUCGAACCCCGCCAAGAUGAGUCCUUCGCUCAUGACCUUGCCGGCAGCCAACGUCACGAUCCCCGAGUCGCGAGUAAUGCGGGUGGUGAGAGCUCAGAACGCGGGCGAGGAAUUUCUGUCGGAGUAUGACUUCUCCUAUCCGAUUUAUGUUAAUUUGGUAGGUAUGUUUAUCCUCAUACUCUUGUUUGGAGCGUGUUAUCUCAAAGCGUAUAGGAUGGCAAGAGAUGAAGAGACAAAACAGGCUGUGGUCCAGGAGCAGUCUGCCCCGUGUCUGCCGCAAUCAGAGGCGCCCCCUGCAUACUCGGAGAGUUAGUGACCGCGACGAGUAGAAUUUUGUACUUAUUAUUAUUA